AUAUAUAGCUUUCGUCUCACGAACAUGCAUGCCACCCAUCAUCACUUUCCUCAUUAUUGUGUUUUCUGGAGGCACCUUAGAUUUUGGGAUAGAUUUAAUUUGUUUUGGGAAGAGCCAGUUUAAGGGAGGUAGCUUUCCUUUGGAAUUUGAGGGAAAUAUGGUUUGCUUGUUCCCGAGCCACACUGAAUCCUCAAUUUUUCCACACCCUGGAACAUCCCCAAUUAACACCACUUUUAUCAUUUUUUUUCCACCAUUCUUUUAGAUUAAUUGCAUAUUGAUUGAAGGAGGAACCUUUCUCUGAGUCUAUAUUCAAAGGUCCUGUCCCUUGAGGUUGCAGAAUAUGAAUCCUUCCAUUUUAAAAUUAGAAUUUGACAAGUCGCAAUCUGCUCAGAGCAAGAGACGUAUAUAUCUAAGGUUGGUGUUUUAUUCUUUUCGUUGCCAUCAGAUGAUGGAAUAUUGAGAUGGGAUCGAAAACUGAUUAUGCCCAACAGUAGUCUGCAGUCUGCCUCAUAUUCUCUUUCACUAUGCUCUUUCACCUUAAGAAUACAAACCACCUAGCAGAAAUUAGAGCUGGUGACAACCCAGGCCUAAACUAACUUCCCAGGGAGCCUUUCACUCUUCUGGACUUGAAAUCAAGUAUUCUGAGUCCUUGAUCGAGCUCUUAAGGGGUUGUCUGAAUCCCUUUUUUUCUCACCUAAGAUUUUGGGCUCCAACUUUAUAAGGGUCUUCCAUCCAUGUUUUUCCUCCACCCAGACCCCAUGUUUAGCGCGCCAGUCAACUUAGAGGUGCCAACUGCACUAAAUUAAUCGUUCUAUUUUUAAUCAUUACGCUUCCCAAUAAGACUGGGUUGGUAAAGAUAGUCACCGCAGGCCAAGCCUACCUAGUAAAUAUCUAUCAUAUAUUGCGCAUCAUCCACUGUGUAAUCCCUUCUUUAGUGGCUACCAAGUCCAAGGAACCUGCAAUUGGUUUUUGUUUAACAUGAAAGCUUCUGGAAAUAAAAAUUUGGUUACCUGCUCUGCCUAAACUAUGGGUUAGGUUUUAAGUUUUAGAAGAGGUCUUGUUUGGGUGAAGUUGAAUUUUCCGUCUAUACCCACUAACUAACAGUAAUCGACUUUUCUGACCCACCAGUUUAUGCGUCUUUCCGCUUUUACAUACAGACCCAAUUCAAUUCAUGGUAGUCGUGUUUUUAAAAUUGUAAAUUUAGUCAAAUGAAGUGGCCGGGCUUCAAUUUCAUGUUGUCUAGACUCUCUAGAAUUGCAAUUUAGUAAAAAUAAAAUAAAUAAACAUAGCCAAGAAGGCUCAAUGAUGACUCAAAUAAAAAUUGGCAAUUUCCCACAAAACAAAUAUUAGAAAGAGGGGUUGAAGAAAUCCAUAUGUUGUAGGGUUAGGUAGCUUUCUUCAAGUUGCAGAUUGGACCCUCCAUUGAGAAGGUGAGCAAACUACGUCUCCCAUGUGAUAUUGAGGUAAAUAUUAUUAUUAUGAACGAGUGGUUGUAGGUUUUGUACCUAAUACACCCAAGUCUUCCAGUUUUUCAGUAGGCAUUAGAAAUACGUUUUCCAUUUUUACUUGUAUUAAUCAAUUUUGGAUAACAAGGAUGAGAUCAUUCGUGGGCAAUUUGGUAAUCGCACUCCUUCGAACGCUACAAGAAGUCGAUGGAAAUGCCGACGUGGCGACUUGAAUAUGACAAGAUUUCCAGAAAAUGGUAGCGGCAAUCGUGGAAUGGUCCGUGGCAGACCCCCACCACAUGGGCUCCACCACCAUCGACGUUAAAUACUUUACAGUCCAAUUUCAAAGGUCAACCAAAGCCACCGCCGACCUCCAAUCCUCCGACAAAUCCCCUCACCCUGUUACCAAAUGCCAUCUCACUCCACACUCCGCUCCCUCCCCUCUCUUCUCCAUCCUCAAUGUCGCCGCCGCCGCCGCCGCCGCCGCCGCUACUCCUCCUCCUCCUUCCUGCCGUCCUUCUCAUCUGCUCCGGCCACCUCCCGGCCACUCUCUCCGCUGGUGUCACCUUCUUCCCCAACUGCAACCGCACUUUCAGCUGCGGCUCCCUCCAGAACAUCACCUACCCUUUCACUGGAGGCGACCGUCCGGAGCACUGCGGGCCACCGGGGUUCAGGCUAAUUUGCCGGGACGGGUACGCCGAGUUGAAUAUGAAGUCUCUGAUAUACCGAGUUCUUCGAAUCGACCAGACCGGUGAAAACCUAACCCUGACCAGGUUGGAUCUCUGGAAUAACACUUGCCCCUCCCAGUUCGCUAAUUCCACUCUCAAUUUCACCAUCUUCAAUUACGGCGUGGGUAACGAAGAACUAAACUUGUUCUAUGGCUGCGAUAGUGUGAAGCUAAUGACGCCUUCCAAUCAGUUUAAUUGCAAUGCGAGUGGCAGUGCAAGUGGCAAUUCAAGCUAUGCUUAUUACUUAAUUGGUCCCGUUCCCGAUCCGAUUCUGAAAAUUAUUCGUUGUAAUACUAGCCUUAGGAUUCCGGUACUUCAAUCAGCGGCGAAUAGUCUCACUGCCAAUAACAUCAGCCUUGGUGAAGUUUUGACGGUGGGUUUCAAUGUGAAUUAUAGUAAUCCCUGUGAAGCCAAGUGUUCAGCAUGUAUUGCCCAUGGUGGGCAAUGUGGAUAUGACUAUGAUAAGGAAGAACCCAUCUGUAUUUGCAGUGAUCGGAUUUGUCAUGUACGAGGGACAGGCGGUAAUAAUGUACCAAAAACAAUAGGCUAUUCCGUAUUAGGUGCAGUCCUUUUGGGCAUUUUCCUCGGAUGUCUCUUCUAUUUUCUUGCCCAACGGCGAAGACGUGCAUCCAAAGCUAAAAGCAAGGACCUCCCUACUCCUCCUUCAAGCAAAGGCAUUGCACCAUCCUUAACUGGUUUCUCUGAGAGCAUCCCCUCUUAUCCCUACACAAAGUCCGACAUUGAAAAGGGGAGCACCUACUUUGGAGUUCAGGUCUUCAGUUACAUGGAACUUGAAGAAGCCACUAACAAUUUCGACCCAUCUAGAGAACUUGGAGAUGGAGGAUUUGGCACUGUUUACUACGGUAAACUACAAGAUGGGCGUGUAGUUGCAGUUAAGCGCCUAUAUGAGAAUAAUUUCAAACGUGUUGAACAGUUCAUGAACGAAGUUCAGAUCCUAACUCGUUUACAACAUAAAAACCUCGUGAAGUUGUAUGGGUGCACCUCAAGGCGAAGCCGAGAACUCCUCCUUGUUUACGAAUAUAUUCCUAAUGGAACUGUGGCAGAUCAUCUCCACGGUAAGCAAGCAAACUCUGGCUCGAUCACUUGGCCUGUAAGGUUGAGCAUCGCCAUAGAGACAGCCAAUGCACUGGCUUACCUCCAUGCGUCAGAAAUCAUACACCGUGAUGUCAAAACAAACAAUAUUCUCCUGGAUAACAAUUUCCAGGUAAAAGUUGCUGAUUUUGGGCUUUCUCGAUUGUUCCCAACUGAUGUCACCCACGUGUCAACUGCACCACAAGGGACGCCUGGCUAUGUUGAUCCCGAGUACCAUCAGUGCUACCAACUGACCAGCAAGAGCGAUGUUUAUAGCUUUGGGGUGGUUUUGAUGGAACUUAUAUCGUCAAAACAAGCUGUGGACACCAAUAGGCACCGGCAUGAUAUUAAUUUGGCCAACAUGGCUGUGAACAAAAUUCUAAAUCAUACGUUGCAUGAGUUGGUGGAUCCAUCCCUUGGGUUUGAAAGUGAUUCUCUUGUAAGGAGGAAAAUAACAUUGGUGGCAGAGUUGGCUUUUCGGUGUCUGCAACAUGAGAGGGAUAUGAGGCCUACCAUGGGAGAAGUGCUCAAGGCUCUGAAACGAAUUGAGAAUGAAGAGAGCGACGUGCAGAAAGCAGAGGAGGUGGAUAUAAACUCAGAGGACAUCGGGCUUUUAAAGAGUAACCCUCCCCCGGUCUCUCCAGAUUCAGUGGUGGCUGAUAAAGGGGUCAACCCUACUACACCUUAUUCUUUCUAGUAGGUUGAGAUUUCCUUCUCAUUUUUGCUUAAAUUUGAGACUAGAAUGGUUUAAGUAUUACUCACACUCAUGAUAGGAUGUCACCGAGUGUAUUAGAAUUUCAUUGUCUUGGGAACCACCUGGCUUUGUCAUGAUGUUCAUAGAAGAUAAAUGCAAGCAAACAUACCUAAUAUGUGCAAGUUUCAGGGAAUGUACAUGGUAAAAUGAAAUAGCAGCACAAGUAUGCUCAUCUUCUUAUAUUGAAUACACCUGUUCGCAUCCUUUCAUUGCUUUGUUUA